AUGGCCAACGUUGCUGCACCACGCAAGCUAUGGCAGAAUGCUGAUCCGACGCAAACAAACAUGGACAAGUUCCGUCGCCAGAUUAACUCGAAGCGACGACUUGCGCUGAAGGACUAUGCAGAACUCCAUGCAUGGUCGAUAGACCCUCGUACAGCAUCCGACUUUUGGGCUGAUAUCUUUGAAUUCGAAGGCCUCGCGAAACAUGCGCUGCCCAUCAAAGGCUCGGUGCUGCCGCAGUAUUUGUUGAAUGUGGAGUCCUUGAAUCCCAUUGCUAUAUAUGCCGUGCCUGAAGGAGCAAAGACCGUACGAGCUAUCACGCGGCAAGAGCUAUGUGAACAGGUCAUGGUGAUAGCGGACGUUCUGAGGCAGGCUGGUGUGAGAAAGGGAGAUCGCGUGGCAGCCGUCCCAUUGUGGCUUGUCUAG